GGUGGGUGUUAUGACGUGUGCAAAAUGCUAAAUAGCGUCGAAAUCGCUUGUUUGAAUAAUUUAGUUACAAGUAUGGAUGCUCUAUAGCACGAAUGGUCUGUGUUUAAGCUGUUUGAGUAGGUUCAACCUGGUUAGAAUUGAUUGUACACUAAAGUAAAGCAAUGAGCGAGAAUAAUUAUGAAGUGGUUUUAUCUGGUGGAGGUCCUUUCGGCUUUCGGCUACAAGGAGGCAAGGAAUUCGGCAGAGGGUUGGCCAUACAGUCGGUAGGUUUCAUACAUGGACUCGUUUAGUGCUUAAUAUCUCGUUAACUCAAGUAAAUCCUCCUAUUCCAUUGUAUUUUAGUCGCAUUUUUUAUAUUUUUAUAUUCGCCGUAAGUGACAGAUACAUAUGUCUGCGAGUUAAUAGCUCUGUCUGGCAGCACGCUAUGAUGAGACGCCUUAUGUUUUGACUGUGUAGAGCUAUUUGAAAUAUUUUAGACUCAUUUCGAUAAUUGUAGAGUAAAUAUGAGUGAGUGAGUGAGAAUUCAUUCAAGUUUGCUUUCAAAUUAAUAACCGGCCAAAUGAAAUCGAAAAUAUAGCUAAUUUAGUUUUUUAUGUGUUAAAGUAAUCAACGACUAUAGGCUACAUCAAUUGUUUGCACAGUCAGUUAUAACAUAGGCAUAGCUUAAACUAUUAUGGUCGAGUUCUUUAUGACGUGAUAUUUAUUUUACAGCUAUUUUAAAUAUUUCAGACUGAUUUCGACAAAUUUGAGUAAAUGUGAAUGAUUUCUAUAUAAGUUUUUGUGAGGCGAAUGACAGAUUUGCCCCUAUAACUUGCUGCUCAUGAGCGAAACGAAGGUAUAGCUAGCCUUAACACUGCGUACAUGCGUCGAAGUGUUGGACGCUUUCUCGGCUUCAAAAUAUUUAUUUAAACCAGGGAGCGUCCGGAAAAUUUAAUAUGAAAGCGCUGGUUUCGCUACAACUUUGUCUAUAUAACUAUAAGAUUCAAUAACACGGCUAUGUUUUAAACAACGCCGUCCAUACUUAUGCAUGGGGGGUCGAUCGUUCGGUUGAAUUGGUCCGAGGAUUCCACGAGAUUCCACGAUAUUCUGAGUUUAGCGAAGUUGAUUUAACUAAUAACACAGCGAUAAAGAAUGUAAAUUAUUUGGUUUUACAAUAUCAUUGAGAUUAUUUUAAUUUAAUGAACUCGUAUAUAAAUAAUGAAACUCUUUGUAUCUUCUGUCUGCCAAGAAACUAUUGUUACAGUUAAAUAUACUAGUAACCAAGAUUUUCUUGAUAAUGACCGAAUUUUAAAGCUUUAUUAAUAUUAGCUAAGAAAUUGUUUCAAUACAAUUUUCGUGGGAUUAAUUUGGCCCCAAUGCACAAGUUUAAUACUCAAAUUAUCAAGAAUUACAAAAUCAAAUUACAGACUCUCAAUUUUGCCCAAAAUGUAGCUAUACUCAAAAAAAUUGUGUUUGACUAGUUUGAAGAUCUUUAAAGAGGAAAGACAAUUAUUUCUCAAUUUAAUGUCGAUAUGGGAUACCAAAAACAUGUAAUAUUGUGUUUGCAAUGUGGCCUAUAAACGUAUAAAUAUAACGUAUCGCUGUCGUUCCCUCUGCCUGUAGUGACGUAGAUCUCCAUUUUACCGACAGUAAUUUCACAAUAGUCAAUACAGCAAUUAAUUAAGUUGAGUGAUCUGUUUGAGUAUAUUAUAAGCUAGGGCAGAAACUACGGUGCUUAGAUCUACAGUAAUGCAGGAUUGCAGGUUGUGGUGUAUGAGUUAUUUGAGAUCACCUAAUGCCAGGUCUAAGGACAUUCUGCAAGAAUUAGGCUGGCAACCAUUGAUGGAAAGAAAACAAGCCGGCAUCAGUUAUGCAUAAAGUUACAAAAGGCGAAUGUUUAGGGAAUCACAAAUAUGUUCAAAAUUAUAAUUUGCGCAAUAGCGAUUCCUUUUAGAACUAAUUUUCUUUUAAAAAGCAUAAGUUAUAUAUUUGGGUGCGAACAUUUGGAACGAAUUGCCCACUGAACUAAAUGUGGUAUUAACUGGUGGUGUAUUACUACCAUUUAUUAUAUAAUGUAUAGUGCUUUAAAGAGAUUUCGAGCACUGAUAAAAGUGAUAAUUCACAUGUCAGAUUAUUUAUGAUAAUCUCACAUGUGAAAAUUAUCGCUUUUCAAUUUUCGCUUUUCUGUAAAAAAUAUCGCUUUUCAAAGACUGUCCUUUAUAUAAUAAACAGAAAAAUACAUGGGUGCUUGGAAAUACCAGAUUUAUUUCUCGUGUUGAACCUGAUAUUUCACUCGUGAGAUAUCAUGUUCAACACUCGAAAUAAAUCUGGUAUUUCCAAGCACCCAUGUAUUAUUCUCUAUAUAAAAGCUUGCGUGCUUAUAGAGAGAGUCACAGUUAAAUUCCUAAUUAAUGUUUUGUACGAGGUUUUGUAUAUUAUGUAAAUAGAUAAGAAUUAGUGUAUUUAUUGGUAGAUAUGUGGAUAUAGACGUAAAAUUUGUUUGUACUUUGUUAACUGUGUUAGGGUCAUUAAUUCUCUCGCUAUCUACAGACCUUUGCCAAAAAUAAUUCCUAGAAUUGGAAUCUUUCUUUUCAUAAACCGCUUCAAAACAUGGAGCUAAAAUUGGUCUGUGCCGAGGAUUUCACGUUGUUUGGACAGUUAAUUCGCGUGUUACAUUUUUGCCAAACAUUUGACUGGAAUUUGCUGCUGCAGUGAAAGUUUCACUGUCCGCAUGAAAAACGCUGUAACUCAAAACUUUGUAAUUCAAAACGGUUGUAACUCGCGCCCUGACCGUCGAAAACAACGUGACAUUUUCGUUAUAGAUUAAUAUGAGCCAUUCGUAAUAUGAACCAUUUCCGUUAUAGAUUAAUAUGAGCCAUGAGGCAAUUUCUAUUUUUGCCAAAUAUCAAGAUGAAAAAUUGACACUUGCUGUCUUGGACCGGAAAAUACCCCAAAACAAAGGUCUUUAUUUGUGUUAUAUUUUUUUGUUCUGUAAUAGUGUGUGUUUUGGUUUGUUUCAGAUUACAUCCGGUGGCAAAGCGGAUGGUAAAGGAAUAUGUUCCGGUGACAGCUUGAUAGCUAUAAACGGUCAGACCACAGAAGGCAUGACACACAUUGAAGCUCAAAAUGCCAUCAAACGCUCUCAAACAUUGAAACUAAAUCUCAACAGGUAAAGGGCUCUGUGUGAUAUGUGGGUGUGAUCUUGAUAAUUGUUGCCGGAAGUAUUUUUGUAAUUUCCUGUUACGUGGCGACCAAUUUAAAGGUAUUUUUGGCGCAACGAAAACGGCAAUUUACCGGGCAUUCCAUUUAUUCAUUUAUUCAUUCAUUCACCGCAAAUGCGCGACAAGAAGACAACAAUUAUCAGGAUGUUUGGCGUGUUGUUUUGCUGGAAAUUUAUAGCUUUGUAGAUGGCAUCACUUAGUAAGUAUUUGUGCAUGAACUUGUGGUUAGAGCUCGACAACUGUCUCUCUGUAGCUCAGUUGGUUAAGCCUGGUUUCCAUAUGGUUGUAACUGUCGUGACACUGUCGCAAGUUAAUUUCUCACCCAGGGAUCAUACAAGCAGCUGCCGGCAGUUUUAAAAAGAGGACCUUUGUCCAUCGGCGUACGGGAACGGAAAAAUUAGGGGGGCAGAACGAAAUUUGCCCGACUUUUGAAUUUUGCCCGACCAGUCAAAUACCCUAUUUCCCUGCUGGCAGAGGUCUCUAUUUGUGCUGGAAGCGAAGGAGAAGAGACCUCUGCCUAGAUCUGACACGUUUUCUGUCGCGCAUGUGCACAAAUUGCCAUGACAACGAGUGAUGUUCACCACGUGAUAUCAAACCGGUUUUUGCGAGAGCAACUUGGUAUUAAUUCAAAGACUUACCGUAGUUUGAAGGCAAACAAAUGUAUCUCGGCCCGAUAAAACAGAAAAGAUUGCUUUCUUUUGUUCUUCUGUCAUAAAUGCCAGCAGGGAAAAACCCUAUGCUAAACUUCGCAAACUUUCGAAAAGCUAAACAUCUUUCGCCAUGUUGCCCUAUUUUCUUGCAUUUUUUACUAUUAUCUUACAUAUUUCUUGUUUUUCAGUUUAUUUUCCCCACUUUUUCCCAACUUACGUUCAACAUUUGCCCGACUUACGUUCAAAAUUUGCCCAACUUAUUAACAUUUCAAUUUUUCGGGGGGGGGGGGGCAGCUGCCUAGCCUCGUAUGCCUAUGCCUUUGUCCUCCCUGCUGAUUGUCGCAAACUGUUGCCAGGCUGUCGUUUUUCUGUUGCCAUUAAAAAAAUAACCAUCACGACACGUUUUUAUCCUGUCGCAACUGUCGUCGAGAUAGAACUCAAGUCUAUCUCGACGACGCUGUUGUAACUGUCGUGAACUGUUGCCAGUUUGUCGCGACAAGACUUUUCUUCAUGUUUCCAUUUGGUCGCGAACACUACUCUGACGACAGUUACAACACGUUCGCGACAGUUACGACCAUAUGGAAACCAGGCUUUAGAGCGCUGCACCGGAAUUGCAGGGCCGCAGGUUCGAUUCCUACCAGAGGGCCGAUAGUUGGAUUUUUCGCAACCGUGCUCCUGGUUAGGUCUAAAGCCUGGUUUCCGCAUGGUCGUAACUGUCGCGAACGUGUUGUAACUGUCGUCAGAGUAGUGUUCGCGACCAAAUGGAAACAUGAAGAAAGUCUUGUCGCGACACGCUGGCAACAGUUCGCGACAGUUACAACAGUGUCGUCGAGAUAGACUCGCAUUCUAUCUCGAGUCGAUGACAGUUGCGACAGGCCAAAAACGUGUCGUGUUAUUUUUUAAUGGAAACAGAAAAACGACAGCGUGGCUACAGGUUGUCUUCUCAAACCUGCCGCCAGCUGCUUUUACGAUCCCUUGGAAACGAAAUUAACUUGCGACAGUGCACGACAGUUACAACCAUAUUGAAACAAGCAUAAAAUCCCGGCGUGGAUUGCCACUCAGAGUAACAUCACACUGCCCGGUGUGGAUGUAUACUCAGAGUAACAUCACACAAGCAUCUUAUUCACCUGAGUACAUUACACCAACGCAGCAAAUUUCAAGCAUAAAAUCAAUAAUAACAUAAUAACAUUAAUGCUCCACAAACAUUUAAAAGUUACGUGUCACUCGUGUCGUCAUAAAAUGUGUUGUAAAUAAUGUAAUUUUUUUAUAUAUAUACAUAUUAUUAGGGACCCUGCGAAUGGAGCAAUAAGCUCUGUAGGGCUAACCUGUCAUUUACACAGAUAUCUUAUAUACACUAGAUAGCGCAUCUCUUUUAGUAAAAUUGAAGCCAAGAAUAUUCCAGCGGUUACCCCCAUUUGAAUAGAUGGCGGCCAUGUUGGUCGUUCCCACUUGCUAAUAAACGCUUAAAAACAACAAUAACUUCAUCAUUUGAGUAGUUUAAUAACGUAUUUGCAUGGAAUAGGGUUAACUUAAUGUUUAAGCUCCCUGUUUAAGAAAUAGAAAACAUACGAAUCUUCUCAUUUCAUGGGAACGACCUGAGACUGUAAUCACGGCUUCAAUUUUUGAUUUGCAGAAUAAUUACAUGUGUAUAUAAGAUAUCUAUGGUCAUUUAUGACUAAGUUUGUAAAAAAAAAAUCAUCCACGACAUAUACUUCACGACACGUUCGCGACAGUUACAACCAUAUGGAAACCAGGCUUAACAAUGUAUGAAAAAUUCCACCGCUAAAUUUCCAUCUACAAAUCCAUGGAAAACAAUUGCCUGUUAUUAUGAAUAAUUUCCAAAUAUUAAUGUUAAAUCCGGUCUAAACGUCUCGAAAACGUAAAUCUUGCAAAGUGCACCGAGUGUCACUGACGAUACCUAUAUAGGCUAUACUCAGUCGGGAUUACCAGAAUGUCUUCUUACAUCCCGUUUAACAACUUGAAUAUUUUCGUAUUUAGGAAGGCUGGCAACCUGGCAGCAUCAAUGGGUAAAAAGGAUGCGGUGGUUACAGUUGAAACGACACACUCGGCAAAAGUCGACUACAAAUACAACCCCAAACCUAAGCCUUUUGGAGCCCCAAAACCUGCUCCAGCUCCUGUGAAAUCACCAACACCGUAAGUUCUCAAGAGUAAAAUAUUUGACAUGCAUAUUUUCGAUCUUCUCCAUUCGAAACGGUUUCAAGCACUAUGUCAGAUUUCGAGAAAUAACAAUUUGAUGUCAGCACUCUAUAAAUGCCAGAAAUGAAACGAGCAUGUCAAAGGUAGUAAGUGCAGGCACAAAAUUUUGAGGUUAUAUUUAAAUUUAAAAUUGUGGCAUUAGUUUUAUUUCAAAAAGCAUGUCCGUCAAACCUCGAUCCCCGCCAUACACUGAAAAAUCGUUUAACCUGUUUUCGUCUACUCACUUCCUUAAUGAGACAAUUCUAUAUGCAGCGCUAACAAAUUUACAUGCAACAGUUUUCUUUUCUAUUUCUGGACUAAAUUAUUCGAAAAGGCGCAUUCGUUGUACCAAAGUCCAGAAAUUAUGAGCCCUGUUGCAUGUACACGUUCGUAUGGUUGCCUACUAAAUCAGCAGAAUUUGUUUGCAAACUUAUCAUCAUCAACGCUUGGGAAUCUGAGUCACUGGUGAUACAGAUCAAAAGCUACCGGCAAACGCUCGGAAAUUUGUGUGAUCAGUUUAUCCGACAAAAUCAGUUCGAAGCGUUUUAUAUACCUAUAUAAGUUGAAAACUUACAUUUAUAGAAUCCACUUAAGUGUGUGCUCCUCCCGUUCCUUUAUUUUGAUUGAGGGCAGCGGAAGCAUCCACUAAUUAUGGCGGUACAUCAUGCGUGCUGAGCAUUGCGCAGUUAAAUUGCGUGUAGCGGUGUAGGCGUUAGGGUGAUGGUCAACACUUAUUUAAGGGUACUGAGGAUGGCAAUUGAGACACCAGCCCUGUAUCCAACCCCUGCCAGUUAGAGUCUUUUUGUAAUUUGUAAUAUUUGUGUGUAUGCGUGGUAUGUACGUUAUUGGCAAAUUUAAUAAAUUCAAAUACUUAAUUAAGGAUAAAAAUAAUAAUAAUUCUAAUAAAAAGUGCAUUAUCUGAAAAUCACGGGCCUCUUGAAAGCCCGGGCCUGUAGGCUACUGGGUAAUUCACCACUGUGUAUCGCAUGAUACAUAUGGAAUACGCAAGACUCUCUCCAGCUUGACAGGUAGAAUUGUCUGGCGUUAGACAGAGUAAAAUAAUAAGGAAUAGGGCGCAGUUGGAUAGAGAAAUUACUUCUUGUUGAUUCCUUCAAAAUACGCUGACAAAUUUCGCUCAUUUCAUCGUUAAAUUUCUUCAGUAAACCCGCACCACCCGUAGAAAAGAAGGACGACAAUUUGGAGGACUCAGAGGUUUUAAAAAUGUUACGAAGUUCGAACAUUUCUGAACAGGGGACAGGAUUGCGACGUACGGACCACGGGCGUCGGAUAAGCAGGGGAUCUGAUAACAAUGAUGAAGGUAACCUUGAUUGUCGCUAAUUUGGUAUAGAAAAUAGUAUGGUUUCGAAUGCAAUUUGGAAAAAAAACCUGCACGAUUGAGUUUUUCAAAGAGCAACCGAAGGACGAGUGCUAUUUGUUGUCUUUGAAAAACUCAAGAGUUCUUGCUUAUCCAAAUUUCACGAGAAACCAUCUUAUUACGUAAAAUAAACAUAAAAAUGUUCGAGACAAUUUUAACGUACGUUGAUGCCGCGAACCGUCCACUGACAAAUCACAUUAUGCAACGCUAACGGUUUGAAAAUUUCACUCAACUAUUGUUAGUUUUGUUUCCAUUUUUAAAAAAGAUAAAUGUCAUACUUUCCACCCGAAGUCAACUUCUACUUUAUGUAGCGCGGCCGCCAUGCUUGUUUUGUUUUGAAGCAAUGGCUGUGGCCUUUACUCGAGGAUUGCUUUAAUUAAGCUGAUUGGUUGAUUUUAUCUUCGCAUUGUUUUUCCAACAAUCAGAUCAGUUUGUUACAGAUUUUCGCACUGUUGUAACAGAUUGUUGCACUGUUAUUACAGAAUUUUGCACUGCUGUUUGAGAUCAACUGCACUGAAAUCAAGAAAUGUUAGCCAAUAAAUUUUAUAUUUUUGUUAUGUCUUGUCUGAAAGUCAUUUGCUGGGCUUUAAUUUUCAUUUUUAAAUCACAGUCGAGUAUAAUAUUUUUUAAUGUAGGUAAUAGCAUGGUUUCUCGUGCAAUUUGGAAAAAAACAUGUACGAGUGAGUUUUUCAAAGACGAUCAAAAUUGCGCAAGUCCGAAAAUCUUUGAAAAACUCACGAGUGUAUGUUUUUUCCAAAUUGCACGAGAGACCAUACUAUUUGUUAAUAAUAUACAUGAAAAGUUCACACUCUUCGAUAACACCCCGUGCACUCCCCUACGCCAUUUCAGCAUUGUUUUCAUUGCUUGUUAGCAAACCUUCUCAAUUGAUUGUGCUCCUUGUACUUAAAUUGUUAUAUUCACGUACGAUUUUCCAUUGAAAGUGUGCAAAAAGUCGUCAAAAAAGUGAAAAUUUAUAUUGCUACUAUAUCUGCCGUCAUGUUGGUUUUUCUACCUCGUUUCCAGGCUCUGCACUUGUUUUGUUACUAGCACUGCAGUGAUUGCACAGUCUGCCUUUUGCAAAAAUAGUUGCACUGCCCUUAGCCAAUCAGAAUUGAGUAAUUUUUUUCAUCUGUAUAUAUUAUGUAUAUUAUUACACUUUAUAAAUUGUAAAUUAAUUUAAACUAAAAUGAUUGCCGAUUAUUUCGUUUCAGACCUACCUCCGCCCCCUCCCGAAGCAUAUGAAGAAGAAAAUAUCGGUCCUCAAUCAAAAACGUUUCGUUUACUGGAGAAAAGCAUCAACUCUGGAGGUACACUGUCAUCCUUAUCGUGGGAUAUAUAUAUAUAUAUAUAUAUAUAUAUAUAUAUAUAUAUAUAUAUAUAUAUAUAUAUAUAUAUAUAUAUAUAUAUAUGCUUGAAGGGUCUUGUAGAUGGAAAUUAUCGAGUGUAAAUUUAUAUACAUUUAAUAAUAAUAAAUAUCAAGAUUUUCUUGGCAUCUCACUCGAUUGAUUACUACCCUUCGAGUUGCCAGACCGCCGCUUUACCCAUUGAGCUAUCGAGUCAGCGUGCACGAAAUAUUUGAAAAUAAUAAAGGCUUAUUGACCCAGCGUGAGGUCUGUACUGUGAAAUAUCAGACCGAAGUUUUUUAGUAUGGACCGAGCGACAAGGAGCGAGGUCCAUGAAAAAAACAGAGGUCUGAUAUUUCACAGUACAGACCGAACAAGCGAGAUCAAAAAUCGGUUUAUUAUAUGGCUGAACUGAGUCUGAGAGCAUAUGCUUUUCGCGCGAAUUAAAUCGGCUAUCGUCAGUUUCACUGGGUAACAAUAUACGGUAGGCAUGCAUGCUCAAUCAAAAACAAUUUGGUUGUUUGAAAUUUUUAUCUGUAAAUUUUAAUGACACAGUUGGAAAAUUAAAAAGCAAAAAAAUUGUCUGUUUGCAAAGCAAAAAUUUCCCGCCAGAUAAACGACAUCCGGGACACCGGUCCAGAUACGGAAAAUACGGACCACGGUCGGACAAAGUACGGGCCAAGGAUGGUUCUGGAAUAGAAUUGAAACACUGUGCAUCCUCCAACAAAAUAAAGCCGACAAAAUAAAGCCACUUAAUUAAUGUUUUUUUCAACCCGAGUUGAUAUUACCAGUCCAGGAUGAAAUAUUCAGCCGGGAUAGCUGCAACCGGGCUGAAAUUUCAGCACGAGAUGAAACUCGGUCCAGGCUGAAAUUUUUGCCAAGCUGUGUUUUAAUGGAAUGAGUAAAUCAGCCCCUCAUUGCCCCCAUAAAAUGGUCACCAGCAGGAAUUUGAGCUCCAACACAUAAUUUUGACAUUACUGUUUUCCUUUUUUAUUUCAGAGGACCACCCGAGUGCACUGAGUCGCCCAUCCGCUAACCCACCUACAACGACUCGUAUUUCCGCCCCGAAACCUUACAGCCCACCAAGUCACAGUAGACCGCCUCAGGCAAUUACGGUUCACACUGGAUCACCACCUGCGCCCGCGUACAACAAGCCAGCGAGAUCCUAUGGCGGAGCUCCGGCCCCUGAAGCUCCGGCUGCUCCGGUGUCUCAUCCUGCACAACCUACGCCUGCACAACCCAGGGUCAACGCGCCACCUCAGAAAAAACCUGGUACUCCAAGUUGCGAACAUUGUGGGGAAGUUAUUCAGUAAGUAAAGGAAGACUUAAAAUUGACCGUAAAAACUGUUUUAAAAAACCCAAUAGAAGCAACUUUAGCGAACUUAAGCAAGACGUAAUCUAGUAUACAGGGACCUGACAAGAAACAGCUUAAAGAACUACUGUUAUUAAGAACCUCGACAAGCAGGAUGAAAGUACAACGAGGACGCGUAAUAAUAUCAUAUUAAUGCAAGAAAAUGCGCAGAAAAGAACAACUAAAAUUCCACGGAAGUUUUGACGUCGCCGUUGCUCUGUAUACAACGCUUACAUUUCAAGCUGGGACAACUGCUACUUUCAAUAGGCAAUUCCAGCUUUUAGUUUAUGUGUGCAGGGGACAAUGGGAAGUAAGUUAUCAUAUUGCUGAUUAUGCUGAAAAAAUAGAAAUGGUGGCCGUGGAAACACAGAGUGAUAGCUUAUACUUGUAAAUAUUGAAAUAUUUCGGUUGUUUCGGUAGUUUUAUUGAAAAUUUUCAGCAUAAUCAGCACUUUGAUACCUUACUUCCCAUCAUCCCCUGCAGGCAAGAACUAAAAGCUGGAAUUGCCUAUCGGGUCCUAGAACUUUUCUCAAUCAUAAGCACUGUGUUAACGUUGAUCCUUAAACUUUUUUUUCUUCCAUACGAUGGAUAAUAGACGACAGGUUUUCUUCUGCAACAUGUGGUUCAACGAGUUUGUUUACCAUCGCCGUCGCAUUCGAUUCCCGUCCUAGUAGUUCUACCACGGCGGCAACAACUUGUUGAACUAAAUGGUUGUACGGAAAACCUGUCAUCUAUUAUCCAUCGUAUGGAAUUAAUACGGUUUAUUAAGGAUCGAGGUUAAGACAUGGAUUUAUGGUCGAGAAGAGUACUAGGAUCCAAUUUGAAAUAACCGUUGACCCAUGUAGCCGUUGUAUACAAGACAUGAUAAUCUGUGAUUCGCUAUUAAACAAAACCAGCACGAUUUUAAUAAUUAAUAAUUUAUUUUCUACAAUAUCAAUAAUUAUGAUAUGGUAGCGCUGUUAGCUCAGCCGUCCUAUACCUGCUUAAGGUUGCUCCUAUUGGGUUUUUGCACCGAUCAAAUUUGACCGAUCAAAUUUUGAACCGAUCAAAUUUGCGUUGUCUGCGCGAGAAAAUCGCACGUGUAACCUAUAGGCUCAGUAAGGUCUAUAUAUCUGAGCAAGAAUAACUUCAAUCAUUCAGUCCAUGAGAAAACUGAAGCCACGAUAGCCGAAAUUGACGUCCAAAACCUAUAAAAGUCGUGAACAGUUUUCAUACCAUUUUCCCAGCUAAUUCUAGUUUUUUCUAGCGGAUCAUAUCGCUAAUCAAGAUACCAGAAACCAUUGUAUUAUCUUUUUAAAUCAAGGUCAAAAUACGAAAUUCCGGCACAUUCCCCACAGCUUCGUGUUAACCGCGCAGACAAAGACAAUAGAAAUUGGGACUGGACCUGACGUCCAAUAUUGCCAUCACUUUUUGGACUGGAAUUCCCACUCCAGAUAUAUACGGAGCUCACUGGCCUAUUCUAAGGAAUUCCUAGAAAUCUUUAAAUUGUUAUGUUUUUGUAUACUGUAGAACAUAAUGACCACAUACAUACAGGGUGUCCCCCAAAAAGUAAACCCUUUCAAAUUCAAAUCAGCCAUAACCUGUUGUAGUAAUUCGCUGAUGCGACACAAAUGACAACCUCGUUCCCAGGCUCUUCCCUCUUGUGGAGGAAAGAAGUACACUUUCUUUUCUGGACACGAAAGUAUUGAAUAUUGGAAUUAUUACUGGAACUUGGCAUAUAUUUGGCCAAUCUUUGUUUGUGCCUUUGCUCAUUUUGUUGCAAAGGCAUUUUGGAAUUCUCGACUUUAUAUUUCAUUUACUUCGCUCCUUCAGCACAUCUAAAACAAAGAUGAAAUUUAUUUCAAACUUCAAAUUUCAAUACUGCGCACUUUCGCAUUCAAUACUGCACACUUUUUAUUCAAUACUGCACACUAAAAUAUGUUCUGCACUGACUAGUCUUUACAUUUUUUAUCAGGGGACCUUUUGUGAGUGCUCUUGGUCGUAACUGGCAUCCUGAUCACUUCCGUUGCGGAGGCUGCCAAUGCUCGCUACAGAAUAUUGGAUUUGUUGAAGAAGGUGGUCUCAUGUUUUGUGAGAAUUGCUAUAAUCAUAGAUUUGCACCGAAGUGCGCUUCUUGUAAUCAGCCUAUCAUUGGGGUAAGUAUAAACAUAAAUAAUCUGUCGUUGGUUUUAUGCUCUGGCUAGACGAGAACAAGAGUUGCAUGAGAGUUGACUGGAUACCAUUGAAAUGAAUAUAACUGGAAUGCUACCUUCAGAUAAACUGCCUAUCCUGUCAAGUGAAAUUCCUGACCUCUGCGAAAUACCUGACCAAGCGUAACGGGUCAGAAAUUUCGCGCGUGCAGGCACGAAAUACAUGACGCUUGCUAAAUUCUAUGUCGGCCAAAACUGUUUUUUAGAGUUUAGAUAAAAUAAUCAUGAUGUUAAUUUCUAAUACUUAAAUAUUUCAAGUCGACAUCGCUAAGUUUCAAUCAUAAACACUUUGAAUUUCAAAGCGAAUUGUGUGGUCGUGACCGCGAAAUACACGACGUUUGCUAAAUACAAUCGGUCGAAACGAUUUUUAAGUCCAUAUGCAAAGUUACCAAAUGUUUCUAAUAUAGACAUCGCCAAAUCUAAACUGCCAACUCACGAACUCAUUGUUGCUGCUUGCUAAAUAGUGAGAAUCAAGAAGGUCAAACGCGAAACGAUUUUUGGUGCUUAUAGUAUACAAAUAAUGAAUGUUUCUUCGUGCAAUGGUAAGAAUAUUUUCAUGAGGUGAAAGAUGGAAUGUUCCAUUCAACGAGGCGACAGCCGAGUUGAAUGGAACAUUCCAUCUUUCACCGAAUGAAAAUAUUCUUACUAUUGCACGAAGAAACAUUCGUUAUUUGUUUUAUAUAAUACCAAAAGUCCAGAACAGACUAAUAGAUUAGUAUGAGAAGCAUUUUGAGGGAUGCGAUUUAUCGAAAACACAAAGAGUGCAAUUGUACUAUACGUUUUAUUCCAUUGCACUCGCGGAGAGUGCAAUGGAACGCGUUCCAUUGCACUCUUGGGAAAUGGAAUUUUCUAUUCAAUAUCACGUGACCAUAAACAGCCAAUUAAAUGAUUAGAAUUUAAUAAGGUAUUAUAUAAUAAUGCAUAUAGCAUAACCUUUGAAACUGGUGUCUAUUUUACAUCACUAUAAGAGCGCUUUUGGAGUGACUUUUUCCAUAUCUGUGAUUCAAGCUUUAUUAUCUCUGAACGCUAACGUUCACAAUCAGUGGUAUAGUGUCAAUUCAUUUGAUCAAUUGUAGAAUUGAUGCAGGGCCGUAGCGAGGGGGUAUUGGGGGGUUAAUUGUAGAUUAUGGUGAGAAAUCAGGUUAGCCAUUCGGAAAAUUACGGCAAUAGGUAUAGCAUUUAGUUAGUUAAGCAAAUAAAAUAUUAUUGUCAUGAUUCAAACUGGUUGAAAAUGGAUAACGUAAAACAAAUCGGAAAUCGGUAAAUGUUUUUCGGUUUAUUACUUCGCAAGGCCGUAGCAGUCGGGAGGAGGGAGGGGAGGGACUGGGGGCAGCAGCCCUUACGAUAAUUUGCUGAUAAUCAUUCUUUUUUCAAAAUCAUGCACACCUUUAUCAUUUAUAAAUAAUAUACCUUUAAAAUACUGACAAUAGACUAGAGGUGUGCAUCGGAUCGGAUUGUCCAGUCCGACAAUUGCCUAAUGUUUAAAAUCCGAUCCGAUAUUGUCUAAUCCGAAUCCGAUCCGAGUUUUGAAAAAGAAUUCCGAUCCGAUCCGAAGAAUUCUUUAAUAAAAUAAAUUUCUCAUUCAAGUUGAAAUAUUUAACCAAAUAAAUAUAAAAGCAAGAAAUACAUAUCAAGAAGCUAACAAAGUGACGUCCAAUUGAAGUAUCAAACGAAUAAUGCAGCGACAACCGCGAUGAUACUUUGAUAAAUGCAUGGAUAAUAAUAAUAAUAAUAUUUAUUCAGGAAGCUCCACUCACCGAAGUGGUUUUCAGGGAGGCAUGGAUAAUUAAUUCAUUUUAUUAAUUUCGGAUAUCGAAGUCCGAUCUCGGAUCCGAUUACGAAACAACUUUAUAUCAAUCCGUUCCGAAAUAGUUAUAUUUUGGUUCCUGGACAAAAAUUUCACCACAGCUUGAAAGAGCAUCUGAAAAUUAGUAAUAUUCCGAAGUUUCGUUGAAUGUUGUAAAAUGCGGAUAAUAUAGCCUUGCGAAGUUUGCCGUUUUUUAGUCAUUUUGCAUUACAAACGGGAAAUUGAUAAUCAGUAGAUGAUCAAACAGGUGAUUAUCAAUUUCCCAUUUGUAACUUACAAUGACUGAAAAACGGCAAACUUCGCAAGGCUAUAUAUUAUCUGCAUUUUACAACAUUUCGCAACGAAACUUCGGAAUAUUACUAAUAUUGUGACGCUCUUUCAAGCUGUGAUGAAAUUUUUGUCUAGGCUUGCCUUUUUGUCUAGGCUUGUCUUCCCCAAAGUCCAGGAAAUGGCAUUUCAGGGAAUCUAAAUUUAAAAAUUUCCUCGGGCCUUCGGCCCUCGUUCCCAGCCCCAAUAAAAAAGAGCUUCUUACGGCACUGCAUGCUUCUGUAAUAUGUCUUUGCGUAAACUAUGUGUAUUUUUGUUUGUAAAUUGCAUCUUCAUUUUCCAGAUAGCAACGCCUUCGUGGCUUCGUAUGCCAUGAAAUAUUCUGAUUUUUUUUUCGUCAUUCGGAAAUUUUACAUUUCUAACUAUACAUGCUAGCUACGGCCCUGAAUUGAUGUUUGAAAAUUUAUGUAUAAAUAAAAUGACUUUAUAAAUACACGUGUUGUCUGUUGAGUUGCGAAAUUUAUGAGCCAAAGUCAUUCAUGCGCAUCGUCUGCGCAUGGGCAGUUCUACAAUAGUCAGAUAUUUCGCAAGUCAGGAAUUUCGCGUCACACCGGAAGUCAGAUCACGCGUGUUUAUGUCAUGAUUGACAAUCUCGAAACCAGAGCCUGCAAUCCUCUGAGGAGGUUUGCUGAGGCUCUGGGAAACACCAGCGAAAGUCGGCCUCUGAUUGGUUGUUUUUCAAGUGCUAAUUAUUAUUCAAACCGUGAGCCGUAUUUAGUGAUUCAAAUUUCAAACAUCGUUUAAAAUUAAUAUAAAGUUUAUUUCUUUUUGUGUAUUAUGUUUAAACAUACCAAUGAAACAUUGAAACACACAGCAUAACAUUAAUAAACUUAUUAAGCUUUCCUAGCUUCUCGUAUGAAAUCAAAAGACUAUUCUAUUUCUGAUAUUGAUAUGCUAUAAAUAACAAAAUUAGAAUAACAACAGUGCAGCAUUACCAUAUUAGGUCAUGAUAAGCCGUUGCCUAUAAUAUUUAAAAUAACACAACAAUCCAUGAUUUACCGUAAUUAAACAAGUUAAAAUAAAUCACUACCAGUAUCUUACAACAAUUCAAAACCAUGGCAAGUGUUCUUUGAAGAAUUAAAGUCGUAAUAAACUUAAACAACGGCAUAAAUUAUGUUUGACGGCAGUAAUGUCUAUUUAUAAAUGUCGAGCGGAGUACUGGAUCCAAAUGUACUGAUUUUCGUGCAAAAGUCGCCGGUGUUUCCCAGAGCCUCAGCAAGCCUCCACAGAGGAUUGCGGGCUCUGGUUUCGAGAUUGACUGAUUGACUGAUUGAGCGGACUGGCCUUCAAGUUGGGCUUCAAAUUUCCGGUUGGAGGUAGCGUUCCAGUUCUAUUCACUGCAAUGCUAUAUAAUAUAUAUAUAUAUAUAUAUAUAUAUAUAUAUAUAUAUAUAUAUAUAUAUAUAUAUAUAUAUAUAUAUAUAUAUAUAUAUAUAUAUAUAUAUAUAUAUAUAAUACGAUUCAUUUUCUCUGUUGUAGGUAAGUGUGAAAGCUUUAGGAAAGGUCUACCACCAAGACCACUUCACGUGCAAUCACUGUGGUAAACAGUUAGCAGGCGAGGGAUUCCAUGUGGAAAAUGGAGACCCAUACUGCAGUCAAGAUUAUAAAGAAUUAUUCUGCGUUAAGUGUUACUCUUGUAAGCAGAUUAUCAGGGCGGGAGACCGCUGGAUGGAGGCUGUAAACCAGAAAUGGCAUGCUGAUUGUUUCAGGUGUAUGGUAAGUUAUCUUGCAAUUUGUACGCGUUAG